UUCAAAAUCGUGGUGAUCCAUUCUCUUCUUAGGGCUUCAAAAAAUUAAUACUAAUAAAUUUAGAAUAUUAUAUAAGUAGUAAUUGUAAACGUUGCGAAUAUUUGGCGAUUUUAUUAGAAAACCGAGGCGAUCCUUCCUUUUUGUUUCCUCCACGGCAAGGACGUUUGACAGCGCAGAUGAACUCUUUAGGACGCGUUUCAAAACCUGUUUGAAAACCGCCUCUUUCGAUUUCAUUUACUUAAGGAUUAAGUUGUCUUUGUUUUCAAUUACGGGGCUGUUCUUUCUUGGAUCGAUAAAUCGUUGCAAGAAAGGUUUGAUUUGAUUGAGAAACAAACAAUGUCGUAUGCUUAUCUCUUCAAGUAUAUUAUCAUCGGAGACACAGGAGUUGGAAAAUCAUGUCUGCUUCUGCAGUUUACUGACAAGCGCUUCCAACCUGUUCAUGACUUAACCAUUGGUGUCGAAUUCGGGGCCAGAAUGAUUACUAUUGACAACAAACCAAUCAAGCUUCAAAUAUGGGAUACUGCUGGACAGGAAUCUUUCAGAUCUAUUACCAGAUCAUAUUACAGGGGAGCAGCUGGAGCACUUCUUGUGUAUGACAUUACCAGGCGAGAAACGUUCAACCAUCUUGCGAGUUGGCUUGAGGAUGCCCGGCAGCAUGCCAAUGCUAACAUGACCAUCAUGCUCAUUGGCAAUAAGUGUGACCUUGCUCAUAGGAGAGCAGUUAGCACUGAGGAAGGAGAGCAGUUUGCCAAAGAACAUGGUCUUAUUUUCAUGGAAGCUUCGGCAAAAACUGCUCAGAAUGUCGAGGAGGCUUUUAUAAGCACUGCAGCAACAAUCUACAAAAAGAUUCAGGAUGGAGUGUUCGAUGUAUCGAACGAGUCUUAUGGGAUCAAAGUUGGAUAUGGAGGCAUUCCUGGGCCGUCAGGAGGAAGGGAUGGCUCUGUCACUCAAGGCGGUGGCUGCUGCAGUUGAUGCUCUCGUCUGUUAAUCGAACACUUCUACAUCCUUUCUUCAUCAAGCCUGAGUUGAACCUGUUAUUCCUUGGCAUUUGAAGCAUGGUGGAUCGAACUGUAUAGUUUCUAGAUAUAUGGAUAAUACCCAUGACAAUAAUUCCUUUUAUUGGUUUCCAUUCAUCAUAAGUAAUUGUUUCUUGCAUCAGUUUUACACAUUGUUUUAAAGAUUUGGAUUUCAUGUAUGUUUUUGUGAAGAUUCGCCUUGGCAUUGGAUUUUGGGAAUCUUUCCUAGACUUCUUCUUUCUUUUUAUAUGUUUAUAUUAGGAUUUUUUUUU